UUGAAACAUGUCUGAUCGAAAAGCUGAGCUAGAGAGAAAACGGAAACGUUUGGAAGAGAUCAAGAAAGCUCGAGAAGAGAAGAAAAAGGUAAUUGUAAAUUGAUUUAGAGAUCAAUUUUUUGCGGAAUAUGGAAGCUCAGCUUGCAUGUAGUUUACCCUCAUUUUAACAUUAACAGGUUUUAAUACUCAUUUAGCUUGUUGACAUUAACUAACUUAACUCAGUCACCCUUCUGGGGGUACUUUUUCUUUUCUAUUUGUUGGUCAUUGAUACAGUUUUAGAACAUAACUUUUUUGCGUACGACGAAUAUUAAAUAAUUUUAAAGUAAGCUUUCUACUUCAUUCGUUUCACUAUCGCCUUUUCCAAGUGAUGUGGCAAAUUUGUUUUCUUAAUCUUGAAUUCGUCAUUAUUUCCACAUUCUCUCCCGUGAAUGGUAGUGAUCUAAGUAUCAGAAAUAGAACUGUAGUGUUCAAAUUUAUCUUCAUAUUAUUAUUAUGCCCUACUGGCUUAGGACCUCUUCACAUGAACCCGGUUACCGAGAUCUCGCCUUACCUCUAAAUCCUUUGUGAAAUUUUCGAUGUGUUCAUAUGAGAGGCGGAGCUGGCUCAGUUCCCAAGAUGUCGGUAAGCGGGCUGGAAAUUUUGCCAUAUGAACACUUCAUCUCGGUUACUGGGAUAAAAGCGGGAUGAAUUCUGGCGGUCUGGAUGACAUUGUCUUGCAUUGCCUGUUGUAUUCUUCACAUCAUAAGCAUCCCACUUAACGGCAGCUUUAGGAGUUGCCGAAGCUAUGAUAGGCGUGAAAGUUAAAUUUUUUGUGUUUCGCCAUGUUUGCUUUGUUUCUUGUAUUUGGUGUCAGAUCUCGUCCCCAGGAUCUUUGGCCUUUUCUCAUCUCGGAAACUGAGCUGAAAUUUCUCAUAUGAACCCAAGGUGAAAUUCCUCCCGGUAACAGUGCCAGCCCGGUUAAUCGGGCUCAUGUGAAGAGGCUCUUAACCCUUUAAGUCCCAAUAGUGACCAACAUCAAUUUUCUCCUAACAAUAUCCAUACAAUGUCAAGAGAUUAGGUUAUGAGAAUUAAUUAAAUGAUCACCAAAGAGAAAAUGCUUUGAUCUUUUAUCAAACUCUCUCAACUUAUUCUUUAAAGAAAUGUAUAGAGAUCAGUUUGGAAGAUUUGCUUGUGGAUAUUGGGGCUUAAAGGGUUACAUGUUGAAUUCCCUACUACAGUGGAUGCCCGCCUUACAUCCACCUCGGUAAUACCGUCACCUCGUUAUUAUGGCCUCUUCUUUUGGCCGUCCGGCAAAACGGCCAUACAUUUUCUUGUAAAAGAACCCUCGUUAAUACGGUUACCUGUUAAUACAGCCAAUUUUUUUUGGCCCAUUGGUGACUGGGGUUCCACUGUACAAUGAUUUAUGUCACCACAGCACAGAGAUGCCAACCUUCGGAGAUCUAAAAUCUGGAGACUCUCUAUUUUGCACACCCCCGUCCCCCCAAAUAUCAACAGCCCAAUUAAAGUCCUUUAAAAGGAUUAUUGUGACAGUGACAAUCCUUUCUUUUAAUUAGGGAAAGCAACAUAUGUUCACUUUUGUUUUUUGGCUGUUUCUGCAGCAAAGUAACAAACUCUCUUUUGUUAUUUCCAAACAAUAAAAUAUUUUCUGUUAUUUUCUUUGGAACAUUUUCUAAUGUUAUGGUAUCAUUCAAGAACUGUCCCCCGAGAGAGAAAGUUUUAUAACAAUUCUUUUGUGGCUCUAUAUCUGCUGUAAAUUUCAAAUUGACUAUCACAAAAAUUUAUGCCAAACAGACACCAACAUUUUAGUCUGAGCUAAAAUGUGACAGCAACAUUUUUUCCUAACCUACCUGGCAACAGGCAGCCUCAGAAAUGAUGGACCACCCCCACCCCCAUCAGAUUAGAGAGUUAUUUGUUAUAGUUAUGAUUAUGUGUAUUAUAAUCAUAAUGUUGUGUGAUGUACACGAUUGUAUACACAGCAGGAUCAAGAGCAAGGUAAAACAGCUGCCGCACAAAAGGCUGCUACAACAUCAGCAGCAGAAUCUAAGGAGACUGACAUCGAAAGAAAGAAGAGAGAAGCAGAUGAGCUACUCAAGGGGAUCAUACCUGAUGAUGUGAUUGAUGGCACAGCAGGUUUGUUUGCAAUUUGCUUUUACAGUGGAACCCAGUUAAUGCGACCACGGUUGUGCUGACACCUGCAGAUUGUUAGACUUUCUAGUCUUCUCGGAUAAGGACAAAAAACCGUGCAUGUAGGUCCUGUCUCACAGCACUUUCACUUAGCUGGUUCUCGUGGGACAUAAAAGAACCCACACCAGAGUAGGGGAUGUAGACCCUGGAGGUGUGGCCAACCUCUCCUGGGCUGGGUGGGUUAUCUGCAAGGACACACUUAUAUUGGAGCCCCGCUCUGUUGUGUGUUCCGCACCAUAUUAUGGUGGAAGGGAUUAAAUGAAGAGAUAAAUAAAUAAACAUGUACUAUAAUAUUAUAGAUGAUAUUUCUUAUGGAGCUGCAAACUGUAAACUGCUGCUCAUAGACCACAGGACUCUAAGCACCCCCCCCCCCGACUAGUUAUAGGCCCAUCUGCCUGUAAACAAAAAAAUACAUCCAAUUAUAAGCCCUACCGAAUACAAGCCCUCCCCCAGCUCUGACUAUAUGCCCCCCUCUUAUUUGGAUUUAUUUUGACAUUUUGAAGCUUAAUUCAAGACUGGUAUAUGCAAAAAAACGUGUUUUGUUCAGCACUGGUAUAGCUUGUUUGGAAGUGCUUUAUCUGUUCUGGUUAUAUGCCCCCCUUUGGAUAUAAGCCCUUCCGUUUUUAAGCCUUCCUACAACCUCCUUUGAAGAUGUAGUAAAUAAGCCCAGGGGAGCAGUUCAUGUUAGUUUUUCUAAAGGUGAAUACAACUUACAUGUUAUUGAAAUUACUAUUUUUACCUUUGACAGUCUCACCACUGUUACAGAAGCCUGGGAAAACUGAAUCAGCUAGCCCAGGCAAAGAUAUAGCAAGACCUUUUGUACAGUAAGUAAGAAGCUUCAUAACUGUUUGCAAAGAUGAAGAACAUUUCAGGUUUUAAAUUAGUGAAAGGUACAGAGAGAUACUGUCAUUUACAGUAACACAAGUUAUUGAAGGUUCAACUAGAGAGGUACUGGUUAGAGAGAUGAAAAUACAUUUUUUAUGGAACAGAUGUUGGGAUCUUGUAUUUUGUCAGCUAUUUAUGAUAUUUUUUAAUCCUGUAAAAUAAGUGGUGGCAGGAGUAGGGGAUUAGUUAGCAUGUUAAGCGUGCUGAAAGUCAGUGGGACUACUGUAACUUCAUUAUCCUUUUUUUCCUGAACAAUUUUCAGAGAGAAGAGAAAAGCACCAAAAUUGGGAGUGUCCCAGCUUACACAGACAAACAUACCACCAAAGGUUGGUUUCACUACACUGCAAGUACAACUUCUUUAAUAUCUUAAAGAUGUUAUAAUAUUGUCAUUUAGAUUGCUGAGAACCUCUUUUCAUCAAACAAAAACUCAUUAUUCUUUCUGAGGUUAAUUUUUUGUGCAAAUUGAAUUUCACUAGGAACCUGUGCUUUAUAACAAAGAAACACAAACUCAGAAUGCUGAACCUGAGGAGCCUGGUAAGUUAUUGCUGAUAAAUGUCUCCCACACACAGUAUACCUGCAAUUUAUCAAAAAUUUACACCUGGCCACAUCAACUUUUAAACCUCAUGAAACCCAUGAAAUAUUGCAGCAUUAAUUCAUGCUAUAUUGCAAAAGUAAUUUACGAUAAUUUGCUCUGGGAGCUUGAUCUAGUGACACAAAUUUCUAAAGAAAAUUGUUUGAAAGUGUGUUAACUGGUCUUGUGACUGAUCUUUUGGUAGAUGAGUUUGAAGUUGCUCCUGCUCCUAAACCAAAAGAAACAGAAACACAACCUGAGCCUGAAGUUAGUGGAGAGGAAAACAGAGAAGAAGGUAAAACCACUUGUUUAGCCUUGUGCUGUUUGUUCUCUUUAAACCUGUCACUUCCACAGUGUCAGAAAUCGUAUGAUUUAAAGAAAACAAAUACUUUGUAAUAUUGAAAAACAAAUACAUGUACAGUAGUAAAAUAUGAUGCAUGCACAUCUAGUCCUGCUGAAGAGGAAAGUACUGCACAGUAGCCUUCAUUAUUUCGAAUGGUUACUCUUUUGGAUUUUAUCCCCAGACUCAGAAUUAGAGCUACCUUUUACAGCUUAGUAAGAGUAAGUACAGUAAGAGUACCACAGGGAAAGCGACUUUAGGAUGUCAUCUACAGAUUCAAAAGUUAGAACCACCUUGUACAGCCUGUCAAACAGUAUCACUGGAAAGUACUGCUCAGGAGAUUUCAUUUGAAUGGUCACACUAUAGGAUUUUAUUCACAGAGUCAAAAGUUAGAACCACCUUGUGUAGCAUAAGAAACAGUGCCAUGGGAAAGUACUGCUAGAAUUGACAGCCAAACCUAUGUUCCUUAUUCUCACUUAAUUUUGCAAGUAUUAAAUUUCAUGAUUUUUGUAGUUUGGGAAACAUGAUGAUAUUUACGGUUUGACUUCUAUAACCGGGCCACUAAGACAAAGUUAACUAAUUGGAUUACAGCAAAAUAACAAUACUUUCCAGGAAAAUUGAUUGUGGGCUAAUCAGGGGAUCGUAAACUUUCGAUAUAACACCCAGGAGACAUAUUUGAUCGCCACAAGCUGUUAUUUUGUCAUCUACCAGCAAUUUCUUCUCUACCAUUGCCGCGCUUUGCAAUAACAUGUAACCUCAAGUCAAAAAUAUAACUAACAUUUACAUUUUUGCCUCUGUCAACACUCCAACAGACCUCUUUUGAGACAUAGGCUUUCUUCAGUGGGUUCAAAAGGUCACAUUAUAGUUUGUAAUGGUGGUUGAGUUUGAUCCAUGUUGUUGAUUUCAUUUCGUGGUUAUAUAAAGAUUGACAACUAACUUUCUCAGAAUGUAUUGUUAUUUUCCUGUCAUCCAACUGGUCAACUUUGUGGCUGCGGUUAUAGAGGUCACACUGUUAUACUUACGAAAUCUAAUGCUUACGAAGAUUAAAAUUAAUUAAUUUAUUGCGGGACAUAGAAGUGUACGUGACGUACAUUGUAGAAGUAUAAUAUGGACAGAAUAAGGACCUCUAUAUCAUGUCCGACAGAACGAUAUAAGAGCAAAGUUUAUCGGCGUGUAAACAUUUGCUAUGUAACUAUUUGCGGGUACCUAUUUAGACUGUUGAAAACCUUAUGCUUUGCUAUCUUUAAGCCUUGUUUGUUAUCAUUAAUUCUGUUGUUACUGUCUUGAGAUCAAAGUUACCUUUACAUACAUGUGUUAAAGAAUAGAAAAAUCACAAAAUUUAAUACACUUCAAUUCAACCUUUUCCUUAAAAUUGGGAAAUAUGACUAACGAAAUUUAAUACUUGCAAAAUAAAGUGAGUAUAAGGGAAGAAAUCUGCAGUCUACAGUCUUGACUAAAGAAAUGUCAGAAAAUUGAAGUGUUCAUCUUUUACAAACAUAAACUUGCCUCCAUUUUAUCAGUUCCAGUUAUUGAGCUCAGCGAAGAACAGAAGCAACACAUACUGAACUCUGGAGAAUUCAGCAGGUUCUUUGAUAAGGCUACCAGGUUGAUGGAGAGAGCUUUGUGCGAAACAGUCGAUAUCACUUUUGAUUACUCUGGUGCUGAAGCAGAGGAUACUGAGGGGUGAGUAUGUUUGAUAAGCAGCAUCAGCCAAGAGGUUACAUUGCUGGACUUGUAAUGUAGUGGCCCAGGGUUCAAGUCCUGCCCUAACCGCAGGGCUCGAAGUUAACUUUUCAGUGCACUUGCAAAGUUUUGCUCAUAAGAAUUUUUUUUCACUAGCAAACUGGUGAGACCACUAGCAAAUUUGUUCUCUUUGUUUGGGAGACAUGGAUGACUCUAACUUGUAAACGCUUGCUAGUGGAUAUUUUUCUCACUUGCAGAUUAUCAAAAUCACUCACAUUUUGUGAGUUUGUGAGCAUGAAUUUCGAACCCUGUAACCACUAGCUGGAUUUGUUUGGAUUGACCCACCAGAUUGAUCAUCAGUUGUUAUUGACAAAAUCUGUUGAUAAGAAAAAAUUAUUCCAUUUAGGGUGGCCACUGCAAGUGUGUUUUAGAACACAACAAAUACAUUCAAAAAAUGUAUCAGAAAAGGGACAUUGGCGGAUUUGACGCUGCUCGCCAUAGGAACUCAGUAGAACUAGAUUCUCAAUUGGAGCUCAGAAUUCUUCUGUGCUUGUGGUUGAUCAUAUUCUCUUUCUCCUUUAAUUAUAAAAUGAGACCAUUAAAAAGACAACACACAAUUUUCUGAUUUGUUUUUUGGCAACAAAAUAUUUUGUUGGUCUUCCUGCAAUAAUCGAUUGAACAUUUUCCAUAAUCAACUGUCACAUCACUUAAAGAUUUUGAUUGAUGAUUGAUUAUAUAUUGAUGAUAAGCACAAAACUAGUCAAGGAGAUGGAGGUCUCUUGUGAUCUAGUGCCGUGAGAAUAUACCCUGAGGAACAGAAAUGUUUUGAAACACCCUGCACACUAGGGGUAAAGAUUUCUUAACUCUUUAAGCUCCAAGAUCCACAUACAAAUUUUCCAGGCUGAUCUCCAUACAUUUCUUUUGAGAAUAGUUGAGAGAAUUUGAUUUAAGAUCAAAGCAUUCUUCCGUUGGUAAUCAAUUUAGUAAUUCUUAUAACCUUUACUCUUGAUGAUCUGCUGAUGUUGUUAAGAGAAAAUUGAUGUUGGUCGCUCAGUCUCAUUCCCCUUUUCUCUUCAGGCAGAAUUAGCUCGGUUGGUAGAGUGCUUGACUGCAGAGCGGGAGGUCGAGGGUUCAAUUCCCGAGACCAGACCAACACUCAGGUUCUUAAAAUGACUGAGAAAUGAAGGUACUGCCUUUUCCCUGCAAAUGGCUAGACCUUUGAGUGGCUCAGAUGACCACCUAAAAUGGCAGUUCCAUCUUCAGUAGGAGAUGUAAAAAUAGUUUUCCUAAUUAGUACUUCCCUACUAAAUACAUUGACAUUCAAUUUUUUUUCCUUUCAAAGUGAUGCUCAAGCAGCUGGUAAAAUGUCAUUUAAUCGAGAGUUUUUCGAUGAGAGAUGGUCAAGGCACAGAACAGUGACCUGCUUGGACUGGUCUACACAGGUACUUGUAACAGAUGCAGUAAUGUUGACCUUUUAAUCCCCAAGAUCCACAAACAAAUUCUCCAGACUGAUCUACAAACAUUUCCUUACAGAAUCAACUGAGAGAAUUUGAUAAAAGAUCAAAGCAAUUUCAUUUUUGGGAUCAUAACUCAUAACUUUUUUGCUGGAUAAUGUAUUGAUGUUACAUGUAGAAUAAAGUUGGUGUAAGACUGGUUAGUGGGUUGAGAUUUGUGAUUUACCAUCAACCAACACCCCUGCUGAUUGCAGAAUGAGCAAGUGAAGAAUCAUGUGUAUCUAUUUGCCAGUAAAUCAUACACAAGUAGUUGCUAACUCUAUAGAUUUGCAAACUGGGUGAUUUGAAUCACAAUGGUGACAUUGUAAAAUGCUGAGAAGCAAAUAGUACCAUAGCACAAUGUCAAAAAGCUGCCAAAAAUGUUUCAUUCACAGACCCAAAGGUUAGAACCACCUUACAAGACACUGUCUCUCAUUUUGGGGGUAAAACGGGUAUUGAGGUCUUAAGGCAUGAUCUUACUGGAUCUUUUUAUGAAAUGUUGGGCAUAUUGUUUUAAGUCCUUUUUUUCCUCUGUGGUUUUUUUCAGUACCCAGAAUUGCUAGUAGCUUCAUAUAACAACAAUGAAGAUGCCCCCCAUGAACCAGAUGGUGUAGCACUGAUAUGGAACAUGAAAUAUCAGAAAGAAUCCCCUGAGUACAUUUUUCACUGUCAGGUAAGCAAAAUCACUUCUUCUGAUCCACUGCCUUUCUCAUCCCAGCGGGCAAAGAAAGUAGUGUCCAAUUGCCUGGGGCUAGUGGAUUUUGCUAUCGGGCUGGUGAAUUCUGUUCUUAACUUGCUGAAUGGGCAAGUGAAUUUUUUUGAGGAAUUCAAAUUACAGAAGAACUGUGAAAUCAAUUGUGCUCAUCAAAACGUUUUUGGGGCUAGCUGAAAUGACAUUUGGGCUAGUAUAUGCUAGCCUAAGCUUGCCCAAAUGGCAAGCUGUAAAAAUGACUUUCUUUGCACCCUGCAUCCACAGGGCUAUGGUUGAAUCCUUGUACAUGUACAUGUAAAACUAACCAUUCUGGGAAAUCGUAAAAAGGUUAGGGUUUGGUGGGGAUGGUAAAAAAAAAUUACCGGUAAGCUAAAAAGAAGUUAGGAAAAGUAUAACCUAAGAUUUCAUGAUCCCACCAAUGGUUUCCCUGCCGAAUGAUGUCUGAGAAGCAAUAUAGAAAUUCCAUACUGAUGACGUCACUACCCAGGUCUGGGUAGGAAAAGUAAGGCAGUGUAUUAGUGGUGAGAGCAUCCAAUCUAGAACUAGGAGGGUCAUGAGUUUGAUUCUUGCCUGGAGCUCAGAAUAUUUAAUGUGCUUUUGGGUGAUCAAAUUUUUCUUUCUUUGUUAAUUACAGGACCAUUAAAAAGACAACACACAAGUUUUAAAUGUUUAUUUGCUAACAAGAAAUUUUAUUGAUUCAACAUUUUCCAUCAAUUAUCACAUCACUUAGAGAUUUUGAUUGAUCAUCGAUUAUAAUAGAUGAUUGGCGCACCACUGACUCUUUUUACAGUACUGUUAUUACUUAUCACAACUCACUAAAUUGAGUGUCUUUUUUUACUUCAGUCAGGUGUGAUGUCCGUAACAUUUGCCAAGUUUCAUCCUAAUCUGAUCGUUGGUGGAACAUACUCUGGUCAGAUAGUGUUGUGGGACAAUCGAAGCAGUAAAAAGACACCUGUUCAGCGGACUCCUCUGUCUGCAACUGCACACACAGUAAGUUAAUACUUGGCUGGGUUGUUCAAAGCUGGGUUAAAGUAACCCGGGGUUAGUGCGAAAUUUGAAUUCAGCUAUGAUGAAAGCUUAAAAAGUAAUUCAGCUUAAUUCUCUUGUCUACAAUUUGAUGAUUGGAUGCUCUAAAGAGAAUGGGGAAAAUUAUCAGAGAAAAUGCGUUUGAGCAAAAGAAAAAGAAACUUGGUUUUUAAUUUUAGUUUUAAAAAUUUUCGAGUUAUCACUAUUCUGCCUUCGAACAACUGGGCCCUUGUGUUAACAGUAGCUGUAGGCCCUUUGCUGCUCGGGUUUACGUGACCUAUUUCAUACCAAUAUUCUGGAAUACAACCCUAAAAUUAACAGAGAUUGAAGGAGCAUAAGAUAAUUAUAGGAAAUUACAAGGCCAACUUGGUCAAGGCGAGUCAAUCGGAGCAUGCGCGAGCACUGUCGGCUCAGGUAAAGGGGCCUACAUUUUCCUGACAGUAACGCUUGCUAAAGUUGACUUGGCUAGACAUAACCCGUGUGGUAACCGAUCAAGUCGCCCGAAAGUCAACUUGCCCGUAAACCGUAAACUGUGAUUACAGGGUUUGCAGUCUUGAAAAGUCCUUGAAAAGUCCUUGAAUUCCAUUUUUCCUUGAAAAGUCCUUAAAUUUCUGUGCAAGUUCUUGAAAAGUCCUUGAAUUUUCUUGAACUUUGAAUGUAGUGGCCUGGAAAGAAUUUUUUUGAUGCUUUUUGGUUGUCCAAGCAGAAUAUAAAUCAUAGCCCAGAGAAUUUAAAGGUUAUUUACAUAAAGUGCUCUAUGUUUUAUGCAAUAAUUAACUAUCAGUUUAAGACAAGUGAACUGAAAAAUGUAGAGAAGUUGGUGAAACAAACCGUUCAAGCCUUAAAGUCGUAUUAAAAUAAACUGGAAAUGUGCAUUUUCUGUACAAUCCGUGAAAUUAUAUUCCUAGUAGGUGGUCCUUUGUGUUCCUUGAAAAGUCCUUGAAAAAUGGUUGCAAUAUUUUGUAUGAACCCUGUUAUUAUUCCUUAGCAUUAUAAGGAGUAACUUGAAUAUGAUCACCAUGCACGUGCCCAUGUUAUUUCCACAGCAUCCAGUGUAUUGUGUGAACGUGGUUGGAACACAGAAUGCUCACAAUCUGAUCAGUGUUUCUACUGAUGGCAAGAUGUGCUCCUGGAGUCUUGACAUGCUGUCUCAGCCCCAGGUAAAAAGCUGAUGAUCGCUCACCUCGUUUCAAUUAGUUAGAAGUGUAAUAUUUACCCAGGGGGGUACUCCGGAUUUCAAGUGACGGGGAUGAUCGAAUGGGGACAAAAAUUAAAACCCAAAAACAUCCCCAGGGCUACCAACAAAACCCCAAAAAAUCCCUGGACCAAAAAUUAACCCCCAAAAAAUUCCAUGCCGAAUUUCCGAGCCUUAAAGAUUUCCAGAAAGCAUUAAAUGAUACUUGUACUUUAUUCGCAGAACUACGCGGCUGGGAUACUCGGGCACUACCAGGAAUCUUCAGAUUGUUUUAAAUGCCCAAAAAAUCCGUACUUAAAGCAAGCCACCAAAAAAAUACUUGCCAAAUUUUCGCACCCAAAAAAUCCCUGAAUCGAAAAUUUCAAACCCAUAAAAAUCCUUCGAUCAUCCCCGUCACUUGAAAUCCGGAGUACCCCCCACCCCGGGAAUAUUUUAAAAUGAUUCCUGUAAGACUAGAAUUCCGAAGAAAUAAUUACGUCUGUUGUUUUCAAACUGGAAAUUAGAAUGAUAGUUCACAUCCUAAUCGGGCCCUAAAGUCGCUAAAGUAGUGCUUGAUCAAAAAAACGAAAUUAUUGAAAAAGGUUCGUUGGGCCUGUGAGCGCCUUCCCCCAACUCCUAUCCUUUUUAUAGACGUUUUUUCUUUUCUUUUUCCGACGCGUAUGUGAGCAAAACAAACGCGUGAGAGCGAGCGUAGAGUGAGAGAACGAGCGUGAAACUCCACAAAAAAACGACUUUGUUUUCCUUUCCUCACCCCAGCCCGUUGCGUUGGCGGUUCUCGCUAAAACCCUUUGUAGAAUGACAAUAGACUCUGGUUCACGCGCUACUCGAAGUCGUACUCGUCUUAGAAUCUAAAGGUCUCUUAAUAUAUAGAUUUAGCCAGGGCUAAAAGCGAAGCUCUGGUUAAUAAUACUUAUAAACAAAAAAUAAAUCGUGCAAUGCUAAACGGAGACGACAAUGAAAAUGGCUUCAAGACUAAUAGAUCUAAUUAGCAAAAAAACAAAUUGCACGUGCAGCACACUUUUUCUUCUAAUUAGCAAAAAGCAAAUGUGCACGUGCAGCAUGCUUUUUGGUCUUUCCUUUGCCGUUGUUUUGCGCGACUACAACGCUGUUUUGUACGACUAAAACGUCAAACUUCCUAGUUACACAUUAUUUUUAUGGAGGAAUUGUCAUAUGUGUUUACCCAAUAUUUUGUUUCCUGUGUUCAUGUUCGCUUUUAUUUUUCAUCGCCGCUCAUUUUCACCUUUCUGGCCGCUAGCAUUUCUCAUUUUCUCACCGCCGCUUUGAAUUUCCAUGUUUUUCUCCCUACGAAAUUCGUCUCCUUUGUUUUCAAUAACUCGCUCUAGCUCUUUCUCUGUUAUCCACGUUAGUGUAAACAUUAAAAAUAACACCGAAAAAGACACGACUUUGUUGUUUUUAUUUGUUGUUUUUUCUUUCUAAAAGUCCGGGCGGCCAUGUGAUUUCCUUCCAAAUAAUACCUCGAGUUGCAUUUGGGUUGCCAUACCUGUUGAUUGAGUUAUUUUACAUUGGUAUGCCUGUGGUGCGGACGGUCGCUCGCUCGCUCGGUGUACGGUCACGUGAUUACCAAAUUUUCUCGGAUGGGUAGAUUACCACAUUUCCUUAGCUAUGGGGCUCCGCUAUAAAUCCCUCGCUCCCGCUCGUCGAUCUCUAAAGAGAAGAUAGAGGGUCUGUGAACAGGCUACCUAACUCCACCUUCGCCCAUCUACUCCUACUAAUGCUUAUGUGAUUUAAUUGGUUAAGUAUUUAUGCAGGGUAAAAAUUCGUCAGUAAUAAAAAAAACCCUGAAAAUCACAAACCGUAGCACCGCAAAGUAACGUGGCUCUUAUGCAACGACAUCAGGCAUAUGAGAUGGUCACGAUACGAAGUGGGAUUAAGACUGCGACAACAAAUAAGACAGUCUUAAAAACGUUAGUAACAUGCUGCCAGGGGCCAUCUAUGGCUUACCCCACUAUAUGUACAACAAAUAGUUUAAAAUUCGGGUUAGAAAUAUACGCACCCUGGGGGUAUUAGGCCUGGUUCAGACGCCGUACUUUUCAUGUGCCGAACCUAACUGAAUAAUUUCAACUUUGGAGCGACACUGGCGGGACAUCUGAUUCAGACGGCGUACCGUGUGUCGAACCUAAGUUAAGUUCGACAAAAGUUCGACAGACUCUGUCGAACUUAACGCUUUUGCCGCACCAAACUAAAACUGCCGUACCAAAUUGAUUUAGACGCCGCUCUUUUGCCGUACUUAAUUCAACAGUUAGGUUCGGCACAUGAGUGGAGCGGCGUCUGAACCGGCCCUUAGUAGUGUUCAACUAAUGGUUUGCUUUUCAAUGGUUUCAGGACAGCAUGGAGCUUCAGUACAAGCAAUCCAAGGCAGUAGCUGUGACAAGCUUGUCCUUCUUAGCGGGCGAUGUGAAUAACUUUGUAGUCGGUAGUGAAGAGGGCUCUGUCUACACAGCCUGUCGACAUGGAAGGUAAGUAACGCAGUGGCUUGAUUUGUAACCUGCAGAAGCGGCGCUGUUUUUCUGGCGUUUGGGAGAGCGAAGCACGAAGCAGGCGUAGAGCGCGCGACACACGCGAUGAGGAAAGGCGUGGAAAAAUAACUUUUAAUAAUUUUUUCUGUGCUUCCCUGUCGCGCGCGUGUCGCGCCUUUUGUUCUUUUCGCGCUUGCCUUCACAAGCCUACAAAACAAGGAAAAAUAACGUCUGUUCUGCAGACUUCAUCUUUUGCUUCUACAGUGGAACCCCGUUAAUACGGUCACCAAUAGGCCAAAAAAUUUUGGCCGUAUUAACGGGUGACCGUAUUAAUGAGGGUUUUUUUUUUUUCAAGAAAAUGGAUGGCCGUUUUGCCAGGCGGCCAAAAAAAGUGGCCGUAAUAACGAGGUGGCUGUAAGGCGGGGUUUCACUGUACUUGCUUCCGCACGCGUUUAAGGACGCUUUUAUUUCAGAAAAUCUCAAUUAAGAUUCCAAAAUCCAAACCUGGAUUUUGAGUUUCUUUACUGAUCCAAGAAUGGAUUUUGCGUUUCUGUACUAAAAUCAAAAAAAGGAUUUUGCGCUUUCCGAAAUGCGCAUGUUUUACGCUCUGAUCAGCGGUACCUAUAAACGUUAACAGGAAUCGAAUCAAAUUUAUUUCCCCCUGCAUCGCUACAAUUUGAGAACUUAAGCCAUUUUUCUGGUUAAAAAGGCCAAACGAUUUGUAUCAUUGUAGUUUUAAUGUUAUAGAAGGUUGCUUCGCUUCUCAACGUAGCAAGCUUAUACCUUAAAGUUUAGGAUAUCAUGCAGUAUGAUUUGAGGCCGUGUUUUAAUUGAACAAUAUAAAAAUUAUUUCUCCACUUUUCUCAUUUUAUAGUAAAGCUGGCAUCAGUGAUAUAUUUGAGGGUCAUUAUGGUCCAGCGACAGGUAUUGAUACGCACUCCGCGGCUGGACCUAUCGACUUCUCCUAUCUCUUCUUAACAUCCUCAUUUGAUUGGACCAUCAAACUCUGGAGUCACAAGGUAAUCAGCGGCUGAUGCUAUAAAAGCAUGCGCACUGCGCCGAUUUGCGCGUCAGACCGAGUCGCUGUGGUGACGAAUUGCAUUAUGGGACUGUGUUGAGGACGCCAUCGCUUCUUCUAUUAGAGACCUUUACUUUCUAAGACGAGGGCGACUGCGAGAUCGAGAUUUUCUCAAUACUAAGGGUGCGUUGGACUGGGAAAUCUGGAUUUAGAUUUUAAAAUUCGGAUUUCGAAUAUGCAAUCGAACGCGAAAUCCGACGCUGAGAUAUCUGUUUUUGGAUUCCCUUUUUGCCGUUCGAUUGGGAAAUCCGGAAAAGGAUUUGAAAUACUGUCCUUAAGAACAGCGGUCUUGCAUGCGCACGCAUAAUUAGCAAAAAGAAGACCUCUGUUCACGAGAAUAGUUUGGCAAAUCCUUUUUCGGAUUUCCCAAUCGAACGGUAAAAAAGAAAUCCAUGAAAUGCGGAUUUGGAUGUCUUAAUUGAAAUCUACCCUGAGGACGGAUUUCUCGGAGGUGAAAUCCGUUUUCGGAUUUCGCGUUGGACUGCAAAAUCCGAAAUCCGGAUUUCAAAAUCUAAAUCCGGAUUUUCAUUUACACGUGUGAACCAGCUUCAUUUUGGCGGGAAAGCGCGAUUGCCGUCGUCAUUCUACUGUGGGUGUUAGCGAAAAUGUCGUAGUGACGGAAACAAGUUAUGAAGGAUGAAGCGUUAAAAGUUUAAUCAUUUUGCGAUUGGGAGAGGGCCAACCUCCUUCAUUAGAAAAUUCUGUUCUUGGGUAUUUUACGACAUUAAAUCUGCGACGUUUCUUGACUCUAUGCUUGCGUUAUUCAGAACCCUCGGCCACUGUAUUCGUUUGAAGACAAUGGCGAUUACGUGUAUGACAUACAGUGGUCACCAAUCCACCCUGCCUUAUUCGCGGCUGUGGACGGCACUGGAAGACUGGACCUGUGGAACCUUAACAACGAUACUGAGGUACAAAUUUUGAGCUACAUUAUUUCGUUUGAAUGCACGUGAAACACAUGUAUUACUCCCACCCAAUCUCCAUCACUUUGCUCCCUUGCAGGUACCGACAGCAAGUACACAUUCCGAAUCAAUGACGUCACUGAACCGUUUGCGGUGGACGCAUUCAGGGCACCAGAUUGCCGUGGGUGACGAUGAUGGUCACGUGUUUAUUUAUGACGUUGGCGAGGUGAGAGAACUCAAACGAAAAAUGUUAAGAUAUUGAGAGUCGAAUAUAAGACAGUUCCCGCUCUUACAGUGUUUAUUGCCAGAGGGAACUGUCACGAAAUUUGUCUGGGAAACUACCCACCUACCCCUCCCCUAAGCCAACAUCAACACUUACUUCUCACUUAGGGUAAAAUGUUGGCCUAAGGGAGGGGUGGGUGGGCAAAACUUAUAAUGAUCCCAGACAGGGGAAACUGUCACUAAACUAAGUGAAACAUAAAAAUAACUACUCAGAACAUGAAGACAAGGUAUAAAUAACGCAGCAAAUACAAAAGAAGGUGGAAGAAGAAGAAGAAGAUUGAAACGGAUUGGAAUGGUGGCUUUUGCGUAGAAAACUUGUUGGCCUGACAGAUGUUCAAAGUUCAUUUUUGUUGGCUGUAACAGUUGGUAAUUAUAAUACUUGGGAGACAUAUUCGUUUGACACGAAGCUGUGGUUACGAUCCGACGACGCGAUGGCAACGAGGACGUCAAGAGACCCAAUAGUUUUAGAUUUGAAGGCAAAACAACAACUUUGCAGAUGCAUCACACUUUUUGUACUUUUCUUAAGCGUUUUUGCACGACUACGAAGUGCAUUUGCCUAAUUUCGUGUUUUAUGGAGACCGUAAACAAGCAACGACGAAAUUUUAUUUCGCUUUCUGAACUUGAAUAUGGUGCCUUGGAAUUCAAGUUCAGGAGGGUUCGCGUACAUUUGACAAAGUACGUAAGUACAAAUAAUCGCGAUAAAGACUGAAAGAAAGCAAGUUAACUCUUUAAGCGACGUUCUUGUUGCCGUCGCGUCGUUGGAUCUUAAAGUCCAUUGUAGCGAAUAUGGACGCCUAUUUGGCAUUAUUCACAAAAUAAACUAGACCACCGUGAUACUGCAGCCCCUGUAUCUCUACUGUCCAUGUUUUACUCGUGUUGACGAAAUAAUGAUCUCUUGCUUUUUGUUUUCCUUUCAGCAACUUGCGGUGCCGAGACCUGAUGAGUGGUCCAGAUUCCAAAACACUGUUCACGAAAUUCAGGCUAAUGCCUCGUCUAACAUUGGUGAAAUCGGUUCACCAAAGAUGUCUCCUUCGAAAAUGCCAUUCAGUUAAUUAACCUUGUACUCUUCGGAGCCGUAUUCAGUUUUGUCGUUUUGUCCCCCAACACUGCGGUUUUCCUGAAGCUGAUUCAAAAUCCGAAUUUUAAUUCAAAUAGUUGUCAAACCUUACUCUAAGCAAUCAAACUAAACAAGUUUCGGAGCCAAUCAGGAACCUUAUCCAGCGGAUGCUAUCUUUCCCGCCUUUCGUGGAAUCGCCGUUUUCCCGCGGCGCUUUGCAGUUUUUGUAAGUUUGCCUUCUUGGUUUCUGAUCGGUCCAAUGCAGACCUUGUUUAUCUCAUUAGUUUGGAUGUAGCAGUGCAAAAACCGCUCUAAGACUAUGAACUAAUGUAUUAUACCCAGGCUGUCGUUGAAUUUUGAACGGGGGAGAGGGGUGGGCAGAUGGGAGAUGAUUUGACAUUUUGGACAUUUUCACUGUGCUUUCAACCAACCUUGCUCCCAGGGCUCUCUCGUACCCGUCCCUACGGAGCGCCCUGGGAAUGAGGUUGGCUUUCAAGAUGACCGAAAGUAGCCGAAGGUCACCUUUGUAAUAGCCCGUCCAAAUGCCUGCCCCAAAUGACAGCCUCAGUAGUAGACAAAUAUAUUAAUACCAGUGUUAUAUUUGCACUCGACGUGGAAAGAGAAAAAUUGUAGAACUGUUUUUACCAUGGGGUAUGAGGAUGUUGGGUUAGCUUUGGAUAGUAAAACGGUUACAACGGCUGGACUCUCGAUAACUGACGAACACUGUCUUAUGUAAACAAUUGAUCUUUCUAACCCCUUAGGGUUCAGAAUUUCCAAACGAAACCAAUUUAGCAUUCAAAAUUGAAUUCUUUUUUUUUUCGUUAGAUGAACUGAGUAGUUUGUCGACAAAACCGUAUUUUGCAGUACUGUGAUACCAAGCAAUUACUUAGUAAGGAAGUUGAAGUAGAAAUUAGCCAGAUUUCUGUCUUAAUUGGAUACAUCUUUACCGUUUAUACUUUAGAUGUGUCCGCAAAGAAAGAGGUUUCGCAGUGUCAGUAGUUCCAAUAUGGUAUAUGGAAUAGUAAUGGCUUAAAUUAGUUAGAAAUACUGUGUACGGUACUAAAUAAAGUUAGGUAUUUAUUAUUCUUACAAAGGAUACAGCGCACUGCCAAUAGUGAAAUAAAAGUGUUGAUGGCCGA